GCCAAGUUAAUUUAUUUAUUUGUCAAUAAUAAAAUCAGCAAAAAAAUAAGAAAUGAAAGUGAAAUUUUUAAGCACAAAUAGUUUUGUGAGGAAUAUUUUCUCGAACAAUAUUUUUCGACAAUCAGAUGAAGUAACAAAGCUGAUCAGUCAGUCAGGUUAUAAAGGUGAAAGGCACCAAGUUAAGACUCAAGAUGGAUAUUAUCUGACUGUUCAUCGAAUUCUACCAAAAAAGAAUGUCGAAUAUAAAGGAACAGUCUUUUUAAUGCAUGGAUUGUUCAGGAAUUCAGCAGAUUAUAUCGCAACUGGACCAAAAGUUGCUCUUCCUUAUUUAUUAUCAGAUAAUGGCUUUGAUUGCUAUCUAGGCAAUGCUAGAGGCUCAAAAUAUUGUCAAGAACAUGUAAAACAUCCUUACAACUCGAAACAUUUCUGGAAUUUCUCGUGGGAAGAGAUUGGACUUUACGACUUGCCAGCCAUGAUCGACUUUGCGAUUGAUAAAAGUAAUUCAUCGAAAGUUAAUUACAUUGGACAUUCGCAAGGUUGUACGACUGCUGUAGCAUUGUUGGCAUCAAGGCCUGAAUAUAACAAAUUUAUAUCACAAUUGCAUCUAAUGGCACCGGCUGUGUUUAUGAAUGGCGCCACUACAAUUGCGUUUAGCUUUUGGAAUAGGGCGAUAUUUAAAAUAUUAUCAAAAUAUUUGGACACUAUCGACAUCACACCGAUUCUCCAACUGAUUAAGAAGCUAUCAGAACGAAAUGGCGAAAAUCCAGAAAAAAUGAUUAAAAUUUACAAAUCAAUCACGUGCAAAUUUGUAGGACAAAACAAAAAGGAAGUGCAAUUGUCAUUGGAAGCGAUCAAAGCCUUUAAUCACUUUAUGUCGCCGAAGGUCAGCAAAAAGCAGUUAAUGCACUACCUUCAACUCUAUCAAACCGGUAAAUUUCAAAGAUUUGAUCAUAAAGAUCAAAAUCAAACUAUUUAUGGCUCAUCAACACCACCGGAAUAUAUUUUAUCAAAUGUCACUGCUCCAACUUAUCUUUAUCAUGCUGAACAAGAUAUAUUGACGGACAAAAGUGGAAUUGAUAGAUUUUCACAAGAAUUACCUCAUCAGCAAGCUUAUAGAGUUAUACCUGAUUUUAAUCAUAUUGAUAUGAUGUUGGGAAAGGAUGCAAGAGAACUUUUGUACAAGGACAUGCUGCAAUUUUUGUUAAAAUCAAGUAUUUAGUAUUUUAAUAGAGUCAAAUGAAAUAAAA